AUGGAAAUUUUUCACCGUGGUCCGUUUCUGGAACCCAGCAACGAGGUUAAUGUCUCAAGAUGUAAUACCUUGGUAUUCCACUGGUAUGUUGGAUUUCAAGUUUCCCCUCUUCCCCCUAUGCGUCUCGAAGGAGCUGCAGUUUAUAUGAGUAACACUCUUAAUUGGUUAGCAGCUCUACCACUAGAAGCUGUAGUUUAUGAGAAUGCUGAUGAUAUUGAAUUAGUGGACUAUGAAUUAAUGGAGAUGGAGGAGAAACUAUUGGACAUUGAUCCGUAUUUAAUUGUUUCGUUUGAUUUGGGGAAAGAAAAGUAUGCACAAUUGUCAUUGCCUUAUUGUCCUCGACGCAGGGAUGAACUCAACGAUUUUGUGCCAAUUCUUGGGGUUUUGAGAGGUUGCCUGUGUAUUUCUCAAAAUAGUAAGGAAACACAUAAUUUUAUGCUAUGGCAAAUGAAGGAGUUUGGAGUGUACGAGUCUUGGAUACUGUUGUUCAACAUUAUUGUUGAUGAAAAAAUUCUUCACUUGCCCUGUUUAGCAAUGUGUAUGUCUGAGAAUGACGAUGCGCUGUUGUUUGCAAAAUCUGGUGCGUCCCAAGCAGUUCUCUACCACCGGAGAGCUAAGAAAUUAGAAGGCACGAAAAUUGUUAACAACAUUGUUGGUUCUGAUGUCAAGAAUUACAUUGAAAGCUUGGUUUCACCUUCUUAA